UGUAUUUCCCGGACUCCCCUGCGGCAGGGGCUUCUGGCGUUCUGAGUCCGGGAUGUUGCGUGUGGCUCGCGCUCUCUGCGAGAAGACUGUGAAGACCAGCAGGCUUGCCCGCCCUCCGUGCAGGCCCACCGCCCCCAUGUCCACUCUGCUGAUCCAGCAUCCCCAGUAUGCUUGGCUGCAAGAGCUGGGGCUCCGCGAGGAAAACGACGGCGUGUAUAAUGGAAACUGGCGCGGCGGGGGAGAGGUGAUUACGACCUAUUGUCCUGCUAACAAUGAGCCAAUAGCAAGAAUCCGACAGGCCAGCAUGGAAGACUAUGAGGAAACCAUAAAGGAAGCCAAGGAAGCUUGGAAAAUGUGGGCAGAGAUUCCUGCCCCAAGGAGAGGAGAAAUAGUGAGAAAGAUUGGCGAUGCCUUGCGGAGAAAGAUCCGAGUACUGGGAAAACUGGUGUCUUUGGAGAUGGGGAAAAUCUUAGUGGAAGGGAUAGGAGAAGUUCAAGAGUACGUGGACAUUUGUGAUUACGCAGCCGGCCUGUCGAGGAUGAUCGGAGGACCUGUCUUGCCUUCUGAAAGACCUGGCCAUGCUCUCAUCGAGCAGUGGAACCCGUUAGGCCUGGUGGGAAUCAUCACUGCCUUCAAUUUCCCAGUGGCUGUGUUUGGUUGGAACAAUGCCAUAUCACUGAUCACAGGGAAUGUCUGCAUUUGGAAAGGAGCACCAACAACGUCUCUCGUUAGUAUAGCGGUCACAAAGAUCGUCGCCAAGGUUUUGGAGGACAACCAGCUGCCUGGUGCCAUUUGUUCCCUGACUUGUGGUGGAGCAGAUAUUGGCACAGCAAUGGCCAAGGACGCACGUAUCAACCUGCUGUCCUUCACGGGGAGCACUCAGGUGGGGAAGCAGGUGGCCCUAAUGGUGCAGGAGAGGUUUGGGAAAAGCUUGUUAGAGCUUGGAGGAAACAAUGCCAUUAUUGCUUUUGAGGACGCGGACCUCAGCUUGGUUCUUCCAUCCGCUCUGUUUGCUGCCGUGGGAACAGCUGGCCAAAGGUGUACCAGUGUGAGGCGACUGUUUUUGCAUGAAAGCAUCCAUGAGGAAGUUGUACAAAGACUGAAAGGUGCCUACUCACAGAUCCGUGUUGGGAACCCCUGGGACCCGAAUAUUCUCUAUGGACCACUCCAUACCAAACAGGCGGUGAACAUGUUUGUUAGAGCUGUGGAAGAAGCAAAGAAACAAGGAGGCACAGUGGUCUACGGGGGCAAGGUCAUGGAUCACCCUGGCAAUUACGUAGAACCCACCAUUGUGACCGGCCUUGCCCAUGACGCACCGAUUGUACACACGGAGACUUUUGCCCCAAUUCUCUAUAUCUUCAAAUUCAAGAAUGAACAAGAGGUUUUUGCUUGGAAUAACGAGGUGAAGCAGGGACUUUCGAGUAGUAUUUUUACCAAGGAUUUGGGCCGAAUCUUCCGCUGGCUUGGACCCAAAGGUUCCGACUGUGGCAUUGUGAACGUCAAUAUUCCUACCAGCGGGGCUGAGAUUGGCGGUGCCUUUGGCGGAGAGAAGCACACUGGCGGAGGCAGAGAGUCUGGCAGUGAUGCCUGGAAGCAGUACAUGCGGAGGUCUACGUGUACCAUCAACUACAGCAGGGACCUUCCUCUGGCUCAAGGCAUCAAGUUUGAGUGAUGAUGCUUCAGUUUGGCAUAACUUAGCCAUUCCCGCGGCUGCUCUGAAGAAGCCCAAGAAAACGUUGAUUUGCCCUGAUCGUUCUGAGUACAAUAGUGGCUAAUCUCCAGUGAUCCCCAAAACCUUACUAAAUCAAGAUACUCAUUUUUCAAAAAUUCAAAUUAAAUAUUUUCAACCUAGUUACAUUUAGCAAAAUAUGGGUUUGGUGAAUUUGUGUCACUGAUUACCUUUUUCUAUUACAGUUAAUUGUUUCUUAGUUAAGUACAUGCCAUCAUAGGCGGUUGGGGAUGUGGGAAACAGAAUAGACAAGCGGAAGAGUCUUUGCAGUAGAAAGAGGAAGGCUGUCUUCUGAGCAGUGAAUACUCAUGGUCCCCUCCUCUGGCAGGGAUUGAAGGGGAGAGGUACCCCUCACGUGCUAGGGACCACAGCACAGUUUCAUGUCUAUGAUUUGCAGUGUUUCAAAUGACAGUGGGUCAUUGUUGGGUGAGGUGAGGGAUUUAGCUCACUUCUGAAUGGUUGUCUACCAUGUGUAAAGUCCUGGGUUCAAUUCCCAGCACUACAACAACAACAACAAAAAAUGCUGAAUGACAAAGGGUGUUCACCCGCUUAUGACUCCUGCUCAUGACUGUGUCUAACAGAAAGAAAUGUGUCAGGAUAGAUAGACCUUUGUUCUUGUCCCGGAACUUGUCACCUGCUGGGAACUCUGGGACUCAAGUCGCUCAUGAAAGCACAUCUGGAUGCCUUGAGUGACCUCAGACCGUAUGCCAGAGCCACAGUCUUGUGCAGCUGCUCAUGAGUUUCUUCUCAGUCUGAGUGUGCACAGUGCACUCAGGGAAGGUCACUGCCGAGUGUCUAAGGGCUCACUGGGAAGCUGUGGACAGGCCCAGUGUCCCUGCUCUGUGGUGCUGUCACUCUGUACUGCACAGCAGCCACCACUGGACCUACUCCCGUCUAACAGCCCAUGUGGGAACCUUUGAAGAACAGGACAUUUGUGGGGAACUUGAGUCAUCAUGCUGUGGAAAGACUGGGACAAUAGUAAAGAAUUUGGGGGACUGAUUUCCCCCAAAUUGUGUGGGGAAGCGUCAGGUGGCACACUAAACCGUUACAAAUGUGUGUUCACACUGCUCUGUUGUUACCAGUGAGUAGCAUUGAGUGUCAUGAUCUUGCCAUCACUGGAUAUGAGCCAAGCCAGAUACUGAUGGAGCUACCGAGAGGAUGUUGGCAUGAGUUGAGGGUAGGCGGAAAAAGAUGGUUUCUUGAGGAAAAAUUGACGUGAAGUAAGAAACUAACAUGGCUUACUAAGAUUUGGAGGUGGAUUCUCAAUCAUUGCUGUGGCCAUGAGGACACAGAUUGCUCUUUUCAUAGCACACACAGAAUAUGUGCAGUGAGCCAGCCAGUUUCUACUGCCUACAUUGGAACUAUUUUCUUGAGACAGGCUCCCCCCGCCUCCAGGCGUCCUGAGAGCUGGAAUUAUAGGUGUGUGUCACGGCCCAGCUUGACUCUUUGAAGCAAGAGAAUGUGUAUUUUUGAAAAAAUUAAAGAGGGAAAUGAAGUUGGAGAAUCAGGAGCUUGGAAUGUAGUCCCCACACCAGGUAAAUGAGUGUGGCGGUAUACACCUGGACUCUCAGCACUCAAGAGGUAGAGACAGAGGAUCAUGAGUUCUAGGCCAUUCUUGGAAACAAGAGACCAUGUUAUGAUGAACAAAACAAAUCAAAAAUACAAUCAAGAUCAGUGCUGUGACUGGAUGGAUGGCCUUGAGCCCAGAGGCCCACCUGCCUCUGCCUCCCAUGUGCUGGGAUUAGACAUCUACCAUCACACCUGACCAGUACUCAGUUUGCUAAAAAAUAAAAAAAUAAAUAAAAAAUAAUAAAAAACCUAAGAUACCUUACACUUCAGUUAAACAUUUAAGGAGCUAUGAUGAUGUGGCCACACAUGACAAUGGCAUUUAUGUACAGUGUGUAGAAAAGGUGAUAGGGUGCUAGAAUCUUGAUGAAAACUGAUUCAGAGGUUCCUUUGAAACUCCAUAAUUUUUAUGUGUUUCUAGCGCAAGGACUCAAUUUUUUGUCAUGUUUUUAUUAAAACUUUGGCUUUUAA